AUGUCGAGAUCGGGAUCAGGAUACGACGCGGUCGUGGAUGUGGACGACGAGGGCGACCUUGGCCACACUGACCUCCAAGACGACCUCGAAUUCCACGCGUCCAACUUCAACGACACCCCCGCCAACGCCCGCAAAGCGCCCUCCUCGGGGCUUCCGCCUCCCGUCACAGCAUCUGGCGGCAGCUCCUCCAAGCGAUUCCUCUGGACCAUUUCUUUCUAUGCGCAGUUCUUCGAUGUCGAUACUUCGGCCGUGCUCCAGCGUUGCGGAGCGGCCCUCUUCCCGCGCGCUAACUUUCUGGACGUCCUGGAGGGCAACCCCGAUCUGUACGGUCCUUUCUGGAUUGCGACCACGGUCGUCUUGGUGCUGUUCCUUGGAGGCACGAUAAGCCAGUAUCUUUCGCAGAACGACAAGGCGCCGUUUGCCUACGACUUUACGCUCCUCAGCGGCGCUGCUGGCUUGAUCUACGGAUACACGCUCUUCAUCCCGGUCGGUCUCUUCCUCGCCCUGCGCUACUUUGGCAGCGAGCUCGCCAACCUCCUCGAGUGCUGGUCUCUCUACGGCUACGCCAACCUCGUCUGGGUCGUUGUCGCCUUUGUCAGCUGGUCCCCUCUCGAGAUUCUUAACUGGGCCUUUGUCAUUGUCGGUUUCGGCAUGUCCGUCGCGUUUCUCCUGCGCAACUUGUACCCCGUGCUCAGCGCGACAGAUCGACAGACCAGCAAGAUCCUCCUUAUUGCGGUGGUGAUGCUGCACGCUGGCCUGGCGCUGGCCAUCAAGAUCCUGUUCUUUGCGCAUGGGAGUCCCGUGGCCAGGGCGCCUGGAGAGGGAGGUCCGGACAAGGGUGGCGACAGCUCCAAGAUGAUGUCUUUCUAA